AACAUUAAGAAAACUUUUAAAAACCCUGGUUAAAGCAGGCCUCUGUGAGCAGAAUUAGAUUGAUGUUUUGAGUUGAAACAGCCACGAUGGAUGGUUUCAUACUUGUGUUUUGUUUGUUGUUGUGUCACGACUUUUUACUCAAAGGACAAACUUCUCCUGUGAGAUCUAAAGCUUACAAGACUGAUGUUCAGCAAGAACUUCUUGGGAGUAAAGAUAACCCACUCCCCAUUCCAUAUCAAGUAAUUAACCAAAAUCCAACACCAGUGGAGGCAAAGUGCAACAUGGCUGUCCUGCUGUCUGUAAAUAAUGCAUCUGGCAUAGAUAUUCAAACAGAUAUUGAUGGGUCAGAGUUGCUGGGCACCUCUAGCCACCCUAAGCCUCAGCCCCAGCUGGAGAACCCAACCUAUGGCCACCCACAGCCUCUCCCCCAGCCAGAGGAACCCAAUACUGGACACCCCAAGCCUCAGCCCCAGCCAGAAGAGCCCACAUAUGGCCAACCAAAGCCUGAGGCAGAGCAGCCAACCUCUCACCACUCUAAGCCCCAGCGAGAUCAGCCUACCUCUGGCCACCCAAAGCCUCAGCCUAAACUUGAGGAACCCACCUCUGCCCACCCCAAGCCCCAGCUAGAGGAACCCACACCUGGCCACCCUGGACAUCAGCCUCAGCUGGUGGAGCCCACCUCUGGCCAACCAAAGCCCCAGCCAGUGCAGCCAACCUCUGGCCACUCUAAGCCCCAGCGAGAUCAGCCUACCUCUGGCCACCCAAAGCCUCAGCUGGAGGAACCCACACCUGGCCACCCUGAACAUCCGCCUCAGCUGGUGGAGCCCACCUUUGGCCAACCAAAGCCUCAGCUGGAGGAGCCCACACCUGGCCAACCUGAACAUCAACCUCAGCUGGUGGAGCCUACCUCUGGCCACCCCAAGCCUCAGCUGGAGGAACCCACACCUGGCCACCCUGGACAUCAGCCUCAGCUGGUGGAGCCCACCUCUGGCCAACCCAAGACCCAGCCAGAGGAGCUCAAUACUAGCCACCAUGACACUCAGCCCCAGCUGAAGGAACCCACCUCUGGCCACCCGGUGACUCAGCCCCAGCCAGAGAAACCCAGUACUGGACACCCUAAGCCUCAGCCCCAGCCAGAAGAGCCCACAUAUGGUCAUGCUGAGCCUCAGCCCCAGAUGGAGACGCCAACAUAUGGCCACCCUAAACCUCAACCUAGCUCUGGCCACCAUGAGCCUCAGCCCCAGCCCCAGCUGGAGGAACCCAGUACUGGCCACCACGUGACUCAGCCCAAGCCAGAGGAACCCAGUACUAGCCACCCUGAGCCUCAGGUGGAGCCUACCCCUGGCACCACUGAACAUCUGCCGCAGCUGGUGGAGCCCACCUUUGGCAAACCAAAGCCUCAGCUGGAGGAGCCCACACCUGGCCAACCCAAACAUCAACCUCAGCUGGUGGAGCCUACCUCUGGCCAACCCAAGCCCCAGGCAGAGCAGCCAACCUCUGGCCACUCCAAGCCCCAGCAAGAGCAGCCUACCUCUGUCCAACCCAAGCCCCAGCCUAAACUUGAGGAGCCCACCUCUGCCCACCCCAAGCCUCAGCUGGGGGAACCCACACCUGGCCACCCUGGACAUCAGCCUCAGCUGGUGGAGCCCACAUAUGGUCACGCUGAGCCUCAGCCCCAGAUGGAGACGCCAACCUAUGGCCACCCUAAACCUCAACCUAGCUCUGGCCACCAUGAGCCUCAGCCCCAGCUGGAGGAACCCAAUACUGGCCACCACGUGACUCAGCCCAAGCCAGAAGAACCCACCUUUGGCCACCCCAAGCCUCAGCCCCAGACAAAGGUGCCCAGCUCAGGUCACUCAGAACCCCAGCCAGAGGAGCCCACACCUGGCCACCCUGAAAAUCAGCCCCAUCUGGAGGAGGCCACCUUUGCCCACCCUGAGCAUCAGCCCCAGCCAGAGCAGCCCACCUCUGGCCAACCAAAGCCACAGGCAGAGCAGCCAACCUCUGGCCACUCCAAGCCCCAGCAAGAGCAGCCUACCUCUGUCCAACCCAAGCCCCAGCCUAAACUUGAGGAACCCACCUCUGCCCACCCCAAGCCUCAGCUGGGGGAACCCACACCUGGCCACCCUGGACAUCAGCCUCAGCUGGUGGAGCCCACAUAUGGUCACGCUGAGCCUCAGCCCCAGAUGGAGACGCCAACCUAUGGCCACCCUAAACCUCAACCUAGCUCUGGCCACCAUGAGCCUCAGCCCCAGCUGGAGGAACCCAAUACUGGCCACCACGUGACUCAGCCCAAGCCAGAAGAACCCACCUUUGGCCACCUCAAGCCUCAGCCCCAGACAAAGGUGCCCAGCUCAGGUCACUCAGAACCCCAGCCAGAGGAGCCCACACCUGGCCACCCUGAAAAUCAGCCCCAUCUGGAGGAGCCCACCUUUGCCCAUCCUGAGCGUCAGCCCCAGCCAGAGCAGCCCACCUCUGUCCAACCCAAGCCCCAGGCAGAGCAGCCAACCUCUGGCCACUCCAAGCCCCAGCCAGAGCAGCCCACCUCUGUCCAACCCAAGCCCCAGCCUAAACUUGAGGAGCCCACCUCUGGCCACCCCAAGCCUCAGCUGGAGGAACCCACACCUGACCACCCUGGACAUCAGCCUCAGCUGGUGGAGCCCACCUCUGGCCAACCAAAGCCCCAGCAAGAGCAGCCCACCUCUGGCCAACCAAAGCCCCAGCAAGAGCAGCCUACCUCUGGCCACCCAAAGCCUCAGCUUGAGGAACCCACACCUGGCCACCCAAAGCCUCAGCUUGAGGAACCCACACCUGGCCACCCUGAACAUCCACCUCAGCUGGUGGAGCCCACACCUGGCCAACCCGAACAUCAACCUCAGCUGGUGGAGCCUACCUCUGGCCACCCCAAGCCUCAGCUGGAGGAACCCACACCUGGCCACCCUGGACAUCAGCCUCAGCUGGUGGAGCCCACCUCUGGCCAACCAAAGCCCCAGGCAGAGCAGCCAACCUCUGGCCACUCCAAGCCCCAGCCUAAACUUGAGGAGCCCACCUCUGCCCACCCCAAGCCUCAGCUGGGGGAACCCACACCUGGCCACCCUGGACAUCAGCCUCAGCUGGUGGAGCCCACAUAUGGUCACGCUGAGCCUCAGCCCCAGAUGGAGACGCCAACCUAUGGCCACCCUAAACCUCAACCUAGCUCUGGCCACCAUGAGCCUCAGCCCCAGCUGGAGGAACCCAAUACUGGCCACCACGUGACUCAGCCCAAGCCAGAAGAACCCACCUUUGGCCACCUCAAGCCUCAGCCCCAGACAAAGGUGCCCAGCUCAGGUCACUCAGAACCCCAGCCAGAGGAGCCCACACCUGGCCACCCUGAAAAUCAGCCCCAUCUGGAGGAGCCCACCUUUGCCCACCCUGAGCGUCAGCCCCAGCCAGAGCAGCCCACCUCUGGCCAACCAAAGCCCCAGGCAGAGCAGCCAACCUCUGGCCACUCCAAGCCCCAGCAAGAGCAGCCUACCUCUGUCCAACCCAAGCCCCAGCCUAAACUUGAGGAGCCCACCUCUGGCCACCCCAAGCCUCAGCUGGGGGAACCCACACCUGGCCACCCUGGACAUCAGCCUCAGCUGGUGGAGCCCACAUAUGGUCACGCUGAGCCUCAGCCCCAGAUGGAGACGCCAACCUAUGGCCACCCUAAACCUCAACCUAGCUCUGGCCACCAUGAGCCUCAGCCCCAGCUGGAGGAACCCAAUACUGGCCACCACGUGACUCAGCCCAAGCCAGAAGAACCCACCUUUGGCCACCCCAAGCCUCAGCCCCAGACAAAGGUGCCCGGCUCAGGUCACUCAGAACCCCAGCCAGAGGAUCCCACACCUGGCCACCCUGAAAAUCAGCCCCAUCUGGAGGAGCCCACCUUUGCCCACCCUGAGCGUCAGCCCCAGCCAGAGCAGCCCACCUCUGGCCAACCAAAGCCCCAGGCAGAGCAGCCAACCUCUGGCCACUCCAAGCCCCAGCAAGAGCAGCCUACCUCUGUCCAACCCAAGCCCCAGCAAGAGCAGCCUACCUCUGUCCAACCCAAGCCCCAGCCUAAACUUGAGGAGCCCACCUCUGGCCACCCCAAGCCUCAGCUGGAGGAACCCACACCUGACCACCCUGGACAUCAGCCUCAGCUGGUGGAGCCCACCUCUGGCCAACCAAAGCCCCAGCAAGAGCAGCCUACCUCUGGCCACCCCAAGCCCCAGCCAGAGCAGCCCACCUCUGGCCAACCAAAGCCCCAGCAAGAGCAGCCUACCUCUGGCCACCCAAAGCCUCAGCUUGAGGAACCCACACCUGGCCGCCCAAAGCCUCAGCUGGAGGAACCCACACCUGACCACCCUGGACAUCAGCCUCAGCUGGUGGAGCCCACCUCUGGCCAACCAAAGCCCCAGCAAGAGCAGCCUACCUCUGGCCACCCAAAGCCUCAGCUUGAGGAACCCACACCUGGCCGCCCAAAGCCUCAGCUUGAGGAACCCACACCUGGCCACCCUGAACAUCCACCUCAGCUGGUGGAGCCCACACCUGGCCAACCCGAACAUCAACCUCAGCUGGUGGAGCCUACCUCUGGCCACCCCAAGCCUCAGCUGGAGGAACCCACACCUGGCCACCCUGGACAUCAGCCUCAGCUGGUGGAGCCCACCUCUGGCCAACCAAAGCCCCAGGCAGAGCAGCCAACCUCUGGCCACUCCAAGCCCCAGCCUAAACUUGAGGAGCCCACCUCUGGCCACCCCAAGCCUCAGCUGGAGGAACCCACACCUGGCCACCCCGGACAUCAGCCUCAGCUGGUGGAGCCCACAUAUGGUCACACUGAGCCUCAGCCCCAGAAGGAGAUGCCAACCUAUGGCCACCCUAAACCUCAACCUAGCUCUGGCCACCAUGAGCCUCAGCCCCAGCUGGAGGAACCCAGUCCUGGCCACCACGUGACUAAGCCCAAGCCAGAAGAACCCACCUUUGGCCACCCCAAGCCUCAGCCCCAGUGGGAGGAGCCCACUUCUGGCCACCUUGAGCCUCAGCCCCAGCCAAAGGUGCCCAGCUCAGGUCACUCAGAACCCCAGCCAGAGGAGCCCAGACCUGGCCACCCUGAACAUAAGCCCCAUCUGGAGGAGCCCACCUUUGCCCACCCUGAGCGUCAGCCCCAGCCGGAGGAGCCCACCUUUGGCCACCCCAAGCCUCAGCCCCAGCCGGAGGAGCCCACUUUUGGCCACCCUGAGCCUCAGCCAAAGCAAGUGGAGCCCGGCUCUGGCCAUUCCGAGCCCCAGUCAGAGGAGUCCACCUCUGGCUACUUUAAGCCUCAGCCCCAACUGGAAAAACCCACCUUUGGCCUCCCCGAGCCUCAGCCCCAGCUGGAAGAGCCCACGUCUGGACACCCCAAGCCCCAGACAGAGGAGUCCACCUCUGGCUACCUUGAGUCUCAGCUCCAGCUGGAAGAACCCACCUUUGGCUUUCUUGAGCCUCAGACAGGGGAGUCCACUGCUAGCCUUGAGCCUCAGUCCCAGCUGGAGGAGUCCACCGCUGACCUCCUUGAGCCUCAGUCCCAGCUGGAGGAGUCCACCGCUGACCUCCUUGAGCCUCAGUCCCAGCUGGAGGAGUCCACCGCUGACCUCCUUGAGCCUCAGUCCCAGCUGGAGGAGUCCACCGCUGACCUCCUUGAGCCUCAGUCCCAGCUGGAGGAGUUCACCUCCGGCCACCCUGAAUCCAAUCUUCAACCAAAUGAGCCAGGCUCUCACCAUCCCAAGCACCAGUCAAAAGCACCAAAAUCUAGCCAUUUGCCUUUUAUCAUCUGCAUGUUUAAACCAAAAUGUGCUUUUGCUCUCAAGUCACUUCUUCGAUCUCUUGGACACUAAAUCUGCUGUUUUUAUCUCCUUGUGGCUUUUACAAUUGACCCAAAUAAAACCAGUUUUCUCUGGA